AUGGGAACAUUUAAGCUCACAACAGCUGCUCUCGCUUUCGCUGCGUCAGACAAUAGGUCGACUUAUAAUCCCUAUACUAAUGGGGAGACCGUUUCUAUUGAUGCGAGCUCUUCAAGAUUUCAGCUCGCUAACCACGACUGUCGAACUCACGCUUAUGUUCAUACCCGUCCGAUUGAAAACGGUCGCCCUGAGGCAACACCGCAGAAAUUUCAAAAAGUUACAUCGCUGCAAGCUCGUGUCCAGGGCGAUAUGCCCCAAUGGAAUGCUGAAAAGCAGCGCUUUGUAUCAGAUUAUCACACGACAUUCGACGACAAGUACCGUGCGAUGCUUGAUACUGUCAAUAUGGCAGCCGUCGAAGGAGCUCUUAAAUAUGUUCAGGCCGAGUGUAUCAACUCAUCAGUUGUGAUAAAUUGCAAACGAAAAAAUGACAUCAAGUACGUGGUUUUCUACCAGACAACAAUAGUGCAACCCAAAGCUGCAAUAGACUUCUAUGCCAACAUGACAGAUGAACACGAUUUUACAAUUGAGCAUUGCCCAUUUUUACCAAUGGACGAUGGUCAAUGUCAUCCCAAUGUCGAUGGAACUUUCCCGGACGCUUGUGACCAAUUCAUUGGAGUUAAUGGUCAGCCCGAGUUAGGGUUUUGCAUUGGUGGAUCACUGCAAGAUAACGAAGUUAUUGCACCGUACCCGCACAAUUAUUGGUUUUCGUUCCCCAAUAGCUGCCCACAAAAUCGGUGGGAUAAUAAGACUGAUGCCUGUCGUGCCGAGUAUGCCGGUGGGUUGUGUACGCUUGGAGUGGAACCUGAUGGCGAGACUUGUACAUUUUCUUACGAGGUGCUAGGCUACAUUCUUUUGGACGACGUUGUAGGCAUCACGUCUCUUCAAAAUCCGCUAACAAAUAGUACUUUUACCAAUUACACUGAAUUCUGUGAGGCUGGAGGCGUGGAAUUUCGCGUCACAGUUUCAGGUGAAGAGGUCACGUGGCUGGCUGGUCUUGAUUUUUGGGUCAAUCCAGGUGACGCUAAUGCUAAUGCUGAGCGCGCUGAAAGACUCAUAACUGCUUACAGUGAACUUGUUGCUUUGGAGAAAAAAAAGUGA